UGUGGUUUAUCGUUUCAUCAAACGUCUGAAAUUCUAUGCAAAUCUCUUUAGAAGAGAUCGAGAGCCCGUUUCAUUUCCAGACUCUCAAGCUGGUGCAGUUUACACGUGAGUCAGCGCGCGGUUCCUGCUGGAGGCCCGCGUGCGCUGUCACGCGCAGAGUGAGUGCGCGAGAGUGUUGGGCAAAGUGGCAGCUCAUUCGAGUGCGCGCGCGCGCACACACAUCAUCAUUCCGAGGUGCUGCGCGAUACCGGACACAACGCGCUGCCGCUCCGCUUAUACUGGAAUAACAAAACAUCGCAAAAGAAUAGCACAAGAAAGUGGAACAAAGUUAUGGAUGAAAGAAUACCGAGAGUGCAGGGCAGACAGUUCCUGGAUCAAGCAGAUUUAUUGGGUGUUGAAUAUUCGUCUCUGUACAUGUGCAAAUCGAAAAGAGGGAUGAAGAGAGAAGAGGGAAAGGAUGCUUACAAGUUACCACACAGACUGAUAGAGAAAAAGAGGAGGGACAGAAUAAAUGAAUGUAUUGGACAACUGAAAGAUUUAUUACCUGAACACCUCAAACUCACGACCCUGGGUCACUUGGAAAAAGCAGUUGUUCUUGAAUUGACGCUCAAGCAUUUGAACGCUUUGACAGUUGUCACAGAGCAACAGCACCAGAAGAUCAUCGCUUUGCAGAAUGGACGAUCGUUGAAGUCCUCUCUCCAGGCAGACUUGGACGCUUUUCACUCAGGCUUUCAAGCUUGUGCCAAAGAGGUCCUACAGUAUCUGAACAAGGUGGAGAACUGGACGGCGCGCGAGCAGAGGUGCACGCGAUUCAUCAACCACUUGCACAAAGUUUCCGCGCAGUUCCAGCCGGGCGCGAGACUCCUGCAGCAGCCGUCGCCGUGCGACGACUCUCAAGAGCGGGAAACUCAGAGAGAUGCUCAAGCCAACUGCGUCCCCGUCAUCCAGAGGACUCAGAACCUCGAGCUGAACGAGAACGACACGGACACCGACAGCGGCUACGGAGGAGAGGCGGAGAAAGGCGACGGUAAAUGCGAGAAAGGAUUCGACGCGGCGAAAGGAGUUAAAAUCAAGCAGGAGUUCGGAGACGAGCGCGUCACCAAGAAACCCAAAAUGAACUGGUCUGCGAGCGGUGCGUCUUGCGCAGAUUCUGCCCAUAACCGGCCGGACGUGGCGUUUAUGAACUCAUUAAUGGGAAUGACCGGUGGACAGCAAACGCCGUUUUGCAUGCCGUUUUAUUUCAUAAACCCGUCCGCGGCGGCAUCGUACAUGCCUUUAUUUGACAAAAGUCAUUUGGAGAAGCUUGUGUAUCCAGCAGCUGCAGCUGCGGCGCUGACCACCCCGUUCCCCUGGCUUUACCCCGGGAUCCCCGCGCACGCGUCUGCCGCGGCCGCCGCAGCCAUCGCGUUCCCCGGAGUUUCCCUAGAUAAGAGCACGGUAUUUGACUCAGCAUCCUCUCAAGACAACGACCCGACAUCUCCCGAUGAUGAGAUGUCAAACGAGGUCGAGCUGGCCUCUCCUGUGUCUGGGGAACAUGGCUCAGAGAGUGACGCUGGUCAUCUGCCCCAAAGAAACGAAAAUGAUGCUACAUAAAGCUAGACAUUUUGGUAACACUUUACAAUAGGGUUCUAUUCGUUAACAUUAGCUAAUGCAUUAGGUAUCAUUGAACAAACCAUGAACAAUAUAUUUUUUACAGCAUUUAUUAAUGUUUGUUGAUGUUAGUUAAUGUAAAUAUUAUUGUUCAUAGUUAGUUCAUGCUGCAAUAACUUAUGUUAACAAAAUGCUAUACAAAUGCCUAUAUGUUGAAAGUAACAUUAACCAAUAUUAAUAAAAGCUGUAAAAGUAUUGCUUAUUGUUAGUUCAUGUUAACUAAUGUUAUUAACUAGUGUUAACAAAUGGAACCUAAUUGUAAAGUGUUACUGAUAUUUUAAUCUCUAGUUUGCUUGUAUAAUUGCUUCUAUUUAUCUGUUCCUUAAUUUAAUUGCCACUAUUGAGUAUUAAACAAAGGCUGUUUAUUUUUUAUUAUUAUUUUUUUUUUCAUUAUUAAAUUAAGUAGACGAAAAACCAAGUCUCACAACAAAUUUGCUAUUUAGUUUUUAAGGGGAGAAUGGGGACGUUGUAACAGCCAUUUGAAGAUAUUUGAAUGAAAAUCAAAACCUGAUGGACCUUUACGUCUUGCCAUCCAACAGCAUAUUGGUUAUGACUGAAAAUAUGUACAAAUCUGAGACUUUGAUCUGGGAUUAUGUUGUUGUGAUUGUUUUUUUUUAUUUUAUUUUUAAUAAUAAAAAAAAAAAACAUAGUUUAGUGCAAUACGUCAUAAUCAUCUUUAAG